AUGAGUUCUUCUUUUAAUCGAUCGACACACUCGCCAAAUACAAGCAGUUCUCGUUCAAAUGCGAUGCUUAAUGUGAAAGAAAAGGCUUUAUCUGGCGCUUUGAAGGAAAAUUUGGCGUUAGAAUCCAAAAAUGCCGAAUUAGCACAAAAGAUAAAAGAGAAAGAUAUUUUAAUCCGAUCUUUGCAAGAAGAAAAUUACAAAUACCGUUCAAAAGCUAAUCAAGUUUCUAGAGAACAGGCUAAUGAAGAAAAGAUUUCUCAAUUAGGAUUAAAAUUCCAAAAACAGCUAAAUCAAAAAACAUUGCAAUAUGCUUCUCAAUUAAGCGCUCAAGCCAAAUCAAUUUCCGAUUUAGAAGCACAAGUUAAAAAAUUAAAUACUGAACUUGAAAAUACGGAAGUUAAACUUCAAACAGCUUCUAAAAAGCAAAAGGCUAAACUUCAAGCCACAAUUAAAGAAAAGCAAGCCCAAAUUGAUACGCUUAAUGAGAGAAUUGCCCAAGAUAGCAUUUUAUAUGAAGAAUCUGCUAAGCAACUUGAAAGCUAUCAACAACAGAUACAAUCCUUGAAUGAAGAAAUCAAAUCCAAGGACGUUUCAAUUCUUGAAAGAGAUAACACAAUUAGAGAAUUGGAGAAUAAGAUAAAUGAUAUUGUUGGCAAGGUUGAUCAGAAAUUCAAGCAAUCCAAGGAUGCAAUUGCGGAAAAAGAAAAAAUUGUUGCACAAUUGAAGAAAGAUCCAAAGAACGAGGGCAUUGUUGCUGCCAUUGAAAAGGCAGAUAAGUCCUCAUCCCAACUUAAUGAAAGUGUUAACGAACUCCAAGAAAAACUUUCGAAAUCCCAAAUCAACGGUGACGAAAGUGAAGUUUCCGCAUCUCAGCUUGAUAUUUCCAUUAACAAGAAUGAUUCUGCCUCAGAAUUAUGCGAAAUUAUCCAAAAUAAGGAUAAUAGAAUUAAGGAAUUAGAAGCAGCAGUUGAAGAACUAAAGCAUAAACCAAUGAAAAUGAACGAUAUUGCCCAAAACUCCCAAGAAAAUGCUUUACAAUCCCAAAUUGAAAUUCAUGAGCAAGAAAUCGAAGAAUUACAGGCAACGAAUCAAGCUUUAGAGAAAGAGAUUGAAAUUCUUAAUCAGAGACUCGCUGAAAAGUCCGAUAAAACUCUUAAUGAAAGAAUUUCAUAUCUUGAAAAAGAGCUUUCAAAGACAUUAAGCGAAAACGAAACUCAGAAGACCCAAAUUAACGACUUUACUUCCCGUAUUAACAAAUACAAAGCAGAGCUUGAUGCUAAAGUCGACCAAGAAGCUCAAAUCCUAACUCUUCAGACAUUAAACACCGAAUUGAAGGAAUCACUUGCUAAUAAGGAUAAGGAAAUUGCCGAUCUCAAGGCUCUCCUUGAUAAAGACCUUUCAUCCAAUGCAGGAUCUCCAGUUAAGAAGGCUUCAAAGACAAAUACUGAUGAAGACGAGGUCAAUACUUCAGCCUUAGAUGUUACAAUCGACUCUCCGAAACAGCUUAAGGGUGAAAAUGAGGAUCUCAAGGCAGAUAAUCAGAAACUUAAGCAAGAAAACGACAAGCUUAAGCAGGAUAGUGAUAAGACUAGCCAGGAGAACCAGAAAUUAACCGAAGAAUUGGAGAAUCUCAGAAAACAAUUAGCUGAAUUACAAGAAAAGUCAAAAGAAAAGGGAUCUGAUGAUUCUUUCAGCCAAGAACUUAACAGCUCCUUAAACCAAGUUAAUGAAGCAAUUAUCCAAUCCAAAGAUGAGGAAAUUGAAGAACUCAAAGGCAAACUCGCUGAACUAAACGGACUCUUUGAAGCCCAGGUCAAGCAAAAUGAAGAUUUGCAAGCAGAAAAUACCAAAUUAACCCAAGCUUUGGAAAUGUUCAGCAACAACGACACAAGCUCCUCUCCAGUUUCAGCUGCUAAGAAUUUCAAGCACAGCUUAGACGAAAAGAUCGCUAAUCUCCAGGAUGCAGUGAAUAAAUAUCGCGAAAUUACCGACAACCUUCAAAAUGACAACGAUGAAAAGGCUGAACUCAUUGUAAACAUGGAGAAGGAAGCAGAAGCUUUCGCGGAGAGAAUUAAUCAUUACAAAUCCGAAAUUGAUUCCAAAGACUCCGAAAUUGAACGUCUUAAAGCAGAGAUCGACAAGUUGAAGGGCGAAUUGGCCGCAAAGAACACAGAAGCCGAACAGAUUAAAGGUCAAAUUUCGGAUCUCCAGUACAAAUUGUCCGCAAACGGCCAAAUGCAAGAGGAGAAUAAUUCUCUUGCCAAGCAGAUUGCCGAUCUUCAGAAGGAGCUCGAAAACAAGGCGAAUCAGAUCAAAGAUCUUGAAUCUCGUCUUAACUCACUCAACGACCAAAACGAAUUAAAGCAGAAGGAGAUUGAUGCCUUGAAGAAGCAAUUCCGGGAGAAAUCCGAACAAUUCGACCUUCUCAAUUCCGAAAUCAACAAAUUGAGAUCCGAAAACGAAGAAAAGUCCAAGGAAAUCAACCAAAACAAGGCUUUAAUUGAAGAAAAGACCAAAGAAAUCGAAGCACUCAAAGCAGAAAACGCUCAGAAAUCCCAGCAAAUCAAUGCAUUAUCCCAAGAAAACGAACAGAAGAAGAAACAGAUUGAUAAUUUAUCAGUAGAAAAUGAACAGAAGAAGAAACAGAUUGAUAAUUUAUCAGUAGAAAAUGAACAGAAGAAGAAACAGAUUGAUAAUUUAUCAGAAGAAAACAAGUUAAAUAAGAAACAGAUUGAUGAUUUGGCUGAAAAGAAUGAGCAGAAUGAGAAGCAAAUCAAUAAUUUGUCUGAACAAAAUGAACAGAAGAAGAAACAGAUUGACAAUUUGUCAGAAGAAAACAAACAAAAUAAGAGACAAAUUGAUGAUUUGUCAGAAGAAAACAAACUCGGAAAAGAGAAGAUGAACAAGAUAGAAAGUGAAAUCAGGAAAGUUGUAAAUGAUACAGAAAUGACACCAGUAAGACUUACAUCCAAAUUUGUUGCUGAUGCAAACGAAAAGAAGAAAGAUAAUGCUAAACUUCUUGAAGAAAACAAAGCUCUUUCUAAGGCAAUCGAUGAAUUACAACAAAAACUUGAUGAAUUACACAAAGAGAAAGAUGAAUUAAUUUCUCAAGCACAAAAGAAUCAACAAGAAAAAGAAGAAUUCGGACAAUUCAUUAAAUCGAAAUUGGCAGAAUAUGCAGAUAAUUUGAAGUCACUUGAUAAAGAACGCAAAGAAAAGGAUCAAGAAAUCAAUGCUCUUAAUGAUACAAUAGAAGCAAUGAGACGCCAAGAAAUAGAACAAGCAAGUCAUCACUAUAAAGAUAUGUCUGAUUUGCACAAUACAAACAAAUCCUUAGAAAAACAAAUUGAAGAAAUGAAAGAAAAAGUGACAAAUGAUGACGAAGAAGUCAGAUUACAACUUCAGAACAAAGAAAGAGAAAUCACUGCCAGCAAGUUAAUGAUCACAAAUAAGGAGAAAGAGAAUGAAGAACUCAAGAAACAAAACGAAGAACUCAAAGAAAAAACAGAAAAAUUACAAAAAGAAGUUCAAGAGAAAGAAGGCGAAGUAAACAGUCUUAAACUCACCUUCACAAUGAACACACAAGAACUUGAGAAACAGAAGAAAGAAUUCGCUGCUAAAGAUACAGAAAUCAACAACUUGAAUCAAGAAAUUCAGAAAUUGAAUCAAGAAGCUGAAAAAGUGACAUCUGAAUUACAAAAAGUGACAUCUGAUCUUCAAAAAGUGACAGAAGAAAAUGCGAAGAAGCAAGAACAAGAAGAAGAUCAGAGUUCAGCUGAAAAGAUCCAAGACUUGCAGUCAGAUAUAUUCAAUAUGAAGAGAGAAAUAAAGACACUCAAAGAUGACAUCGAAAACAAAGAGAAAGAAAUUCAGAAGUCUAAAGAUGAAACAUCCAAGAUCAAUGAAGAACUCAACAAACUCAAAUCAGAUAAAUCUAAACUUGAUAAAGAAAAUAGAACUCUCAAAGACCAAUUUGAAAAACAGAAGAUUUUAGUUUCAGCUCUUCAAGAACAAAACAAUCAAUCGAAGUUUGAAGAAGAAAACAAGAAUUUGAAGACACAAUUAUCAGCUGCAAAGAGUGAAAAGAGCAAAUUACAGCAAGAAAACACUGAGAAACAGAACCAAAUUGAUAUAUUGACCGCAGAAACAGAAAGAAAGUCAAAUCAAAUCAGAUCCCAUUUGACAGAAAUAGAACAACUCAAAUCCAAACUUGAUGGACAAACAAAUAGUUUGAAUGAUCUCAAGACAUAUAAACAACAAUCAGAACAAUUCAACUCUAAAUUGGACGAACUCCAAAAGAAUUUGGCCAAGGCAAUGAAAGAAAAAGAAGAAAUUCAAACACAAUUAACUGAAUCAAACAAAGAAAAAGAAGAAAUGCAACAGAAGUUGGAUGAUGGAUUCAGACAAUUCGAAGAGUUACAAGAUAGUUAUAACCAAGGAAUGUCAAAGUAUGAAGAGUUAGAACAGAGUUAUAACCAAGGAAUGGCUCAAAACGAAGAAUUGAAGAAGAAAUUAAAUGAUGAAAUUAAAGAUAAUAAAGAACUUGAUAAAAACAUGCAUGAAUUAAUGUCUACAAACUAUGAAAUUGAUACACAACUCAAAGCAGCAAAGCAAAGAAUUGUUUCCCUCGAAGAAGAGAUGAAACAAUUCCAGUCAAAUGAUCAUUCCUCAGAUCUUGAACAACUCAAAUCCAAACUUAUUGAGUUAACUAAAGAAAACAAUUCAAUCAAAUCGAGAAACGAAGAUUUAAUUGAAGAAAACAAAUCUGUUAAAUCUAAAGUUGAUGAAUUAAGUAAAGAAAACAAUUCAAUCAAGUCUAAAGUUAAUGAGUUGAAUAAUGAAAACAGCAAGUCCAAAUCCAGAAUUGAUGAAUUAAUUAAAGCAAAUGAUUCAUUGAAAUCUCAGUUACAAGAAAGAGCCAAUGAAAUUGAAAUAAUCAAAUCAGAAUUGGCAGAAAAAUCCAAAGAAAAAGAGACAGAAAAUGAUGAAAUAAAGAAACUCAAAUCAGAGUUGAAAGAUUCACAGAAACAAUGUGAUGAAUUACACAGAAACUUGCACAAUUUGAUGAAUGAAAAUGGAGAACUCAAAUCCCAAAACUCGCAGCUAUCCAAAGACUUCGAAACAAACAACAAGAAACUGUUAAAUCUCGAGAAUGCCAAGAAACAGUUAGAACAAAAACUUGCUGAUAACACGAAGUCACAGAACGACAUGUUUGCUAAUUACCAGGAGCAAAUCGAGGCCUUGGGUCAGAAGAUCAUUUCUCUUGAAGAAGAAGACGCAGAAUUAAAUCGUCAACUCAAUGAAUUGAAGAAUGAAAACAACAAAGAAGAAAUGGAGAAUAAAGAAAAAGAGAAAGACGAACUUCUCGCAGAAAAGAACAGAAAGAUCGAUGAAGCUGAGAAAGAGUUCAACGAACAGAUCAAGCAUCUCAAUGAACAGAUCCAAGAAUUAAUCGAAGAUUCUCAUGAAAAAGAAAAUAAUAAUGAAAAUCUCGCCAAAGAAAAUUCAGAACUCAUUCAAAAAUUGAAUAGUUUGCACGAAGAAAUCAAAUCAUUGAAAGCAUCCAAUGUUUCUCAGAAGGUUGAGCUUGAUCAGAACAAGGAGUAUAUCCAGAAGAGGCAGAAAGAUAUCGAUUUGUUGAACGAAGAAUACAAUAAUUUGUUCAACGAAAAACUUGAAUUCGAAUUUGAGAUUAAUUCGCAGAAAGACGAAUUAAACAACAAAUCUCAGUAUAUUAACAACCAGAAGAAUGAAAUAGACAACCUCAAGAAGCAGAAUAAUGAGAAACAAAACGAAAUUGCCAAAUUACAAAAAGAAAUCGAUUCUUAUCAAGAAAAAAUUGAUAAAUUGAUUUCUCUCAACGAAGAAAAGAACAAUAAGUUGACUAAUUUGGCCAAGCAGCAGCAAUACGCCCAAAAGAACAGAGAUUUGGAACUUAAUGAUGGAAAUGAAAACGAAAUUUCCGAAUUAAGACAAAAUAAUGCCAAAUUACAAAGGAAGUGUAAUAAAUUGGUAGAAGAAAAGGCACAAUUAGCUGAGCAAUUAGAGAAAGUUUUAACUUUGAUGAAGAAUAAUUCCUCAAAUCCUCAAGGAAACCAAGUAUUAAGUAAUGAUGAAUUGACAUCACUUCUUAAGCAGAAACAAAGCGAAGUAAGCGAAAGAGAGAAACAAUUUAAUUCUCUUUUGAUUUUAUAUGAUAAUGUUAUUAAGGAAUUGAAGGAAGCAAAUGCUAAAGUUGCAAGAUUAGAGGCCGCUGCUGUUAAUCACGCAAGAAUAGUCGAGAAGAGACAACAUUGA